UGACCCCGAACGCAGUACUCGCGCUCCUUGAUCUGUGACUCUUGACACUCUUGACACGCAUCCUUUCUACUGUCCGACCAAGGGAUCAGCAGCCGAUCAGAGAUGAUGAGCUGAGGGACGAGAAAGCUAUUGGACUCGCGGGUGUUCUAUUGCAUCAGCCACAAGCUGCGACGGUCCGCCAGGCCAACGCUUCAACAUGCCAGUCCUUCGUGGCUGUUCAGCCUUGGUCAUAAGAUGCUUCAAGAGGGUCGAGCACGCUGCUGAUUGGCUCACUGGAGCUGCAGGACCUGUGUUUAUAUUCCUAUGCUGGGUCCUAAUCAGCUUGGGGGGUUUCGCAUUCUUCGAUGUCAUCGGACGGGGUCUGCAGUGGUCAAUCAUAUUCCUCCUGAGUCCGAUAUUGGUCUUGGUCCCUCUCAAUCUCUAUGUCCAGUACUACCUCGUGACGCAUGUCCCCCCUGGCUUCCCCUCACCUCGCGCCAUUGCUCUCUCCCCGAACCCCAUAAAAAGCUCCAGGGAACGGUGGCUCACGUUGGAGGAAGGGAGCCUUUUCCGCGCCGAGACUUGGGGUUUCAGACGAUUGGGGCAUCAUGCGGAGGAGAAUGACGCGAGGAUGGACACUCGAGGGAGGAGAGUGAGACGGUGUCGAAAAUGUGAUGGGCCAAAGCCAGAGCGGACGCACCAUUGCUCUGUCUGCCGACGGUGCGUCCUUCUCAUGGAUCAUCAUUGUCCUUGGAUCAAUGGCUGUGUCGGUCUGUACAACCAAAGACAUUUCGUUCUCUUCAUGUUUUGGCUAUCCUUGGGUUGUUGGGUUUUCGCAUCGCUAGGUCUGUCAAAUCUGUGGGAGUCAUUCUCGUUCAAAUCGAACUGGACCUACUAUACCCCUAGAUUGGCUUACACGCUUGUAUACAUACUUUGUAUCGCGAUGGGUGUGGCUGUCCCUGUUCUCGGCACAUGGCAUGUUUUCAUGGUAUCACGAAACGAAACGUCUAUAGAAUCUCAUGACAAUUCAUGGCUCGAAGGCAAAGCCAAAAGCGAGGGAAUGAUCUACUUAAAUCCUUAUGAUCUCGGUCGACGUCGAAACCUCGAGCUGUUCUUCAACGUAGGAGUGAAUGGGUAUUCCCGUUGGACCCUACUGUUGCCCCUUGUCAUCCCACCGGCGUCAAAUGGAUGGUCUUUCCCUCGUCGAGCUCUACCUGCUGAUGCUAUCGUGCCAGUAGAGAAUACCGCUCAGAGUUUACAUGCGCCUGAAUUGGCGGAAGGCCUGGUGUCGUCUCAUAUGAAUGGUGGACCCAAUACCAUGGAGAAUGGCAAAGCUGGGAGUCGGUACGUUAUGGGUGAUGAUGGCAGCUUCACAGAUGACGAAGAGGGCGGAGGCGGCUGGAUGGAUUAAGCUAGAAUAGGAUGGCGGCCGAGCAUCUAGAUAUAACAUACAGUGUCCGUAGAAUACAUGUACUGUCUUUCUUUCUGUAUUUAUACAACUCGCUAAUGAGUCUGCACGAUCUUUCUGUCCGC